AUGUUAGCCAAACACGUGUGCCGACUCCUCCCCCGAACCCGUGUGCCGACUCGUCUCCCCGAACCCUUGUGCCGACUCGUCUCCCCGAACCCGUGUACGACUCGUCCUCCGGAACCCGUGUGCCGACUCGUCUCCCCGAACCCGUGCGCCAACACAUCUCCCCUGAACCCGUGUGCCGACUCGUCCCCCGAACCCGUGCGCCAACACAUCUCCCGAACCCGUGUCCCGACUCCUCCCCCGAACCCGUGUGCCGACUCGACCCCCCGAACACGUGUGCCGACUCCUCCCCCGAACCCGUGUGCCGACUGGUCCACCAAACACGUGUGCCGACUCGACCCCCCGAACCCGUGUGCCGAGUCGUCCCCCGAACCCUUGUGCCGACUGGUCCACCAAACCCGUGUGCCGACUCGUCUCCCGAACCCGUGUGCCGAGUCGUUCCCCCGAACCCUUGUGCCGACUCGUCUCCCGAACCCGUGUGCCGACUGGUCCCCCAAACCCGUGUGCCGACUCGUCCCCCGAACCCGUGUGCCGACUCGUCCCCCGAACCCGUUUGCCGACUCGUCUCCCGAACCCGAGUGCCGACUCGUCUCCCCGAACCCUUGUGCCGACUCGUCCUCCCGAACCCGAGUGCCGACUCGUCCCCCAAACCCGUGUGCCGACUCGUCCUCCCGAACCCGAGUGCCGACUCGUCCUCCCGAACCCUUGUGCCGACUCGUCUCCCCGAACCCGUUGCCGACUCGUCCCCCCGAACCCGUGUGCCGACUCGUCCCCCGAACCCGUUUGCCGACUGGUCCCCCAAACCCGUGUGCCGACUCGUCCCCCGAACCCGUGUGCCGACUCGUCCCCCGAACCCGUUUGCCGACUCGUCUCCCGAACCCGAGUGCCGACUCGUCCCCCCGAACCCGUGUGCCGACUCGUCUCCCCGAACCCGUGUGCCGACUCAUCCCCCCAAACCCGUGUGCCGACUCGUCCCCCCGAACCUGUGUGCCGACUCGUCUCCCGAACCCGAGUGCCGACUCGUCCUCCGGAACCCGUGUGCCGACUCGUCUCCCCGAACCCGUGUGCCGAUUCGUCUCCCCGAACCCGUGUGCCGACUCGUCUCCUGAACCCGAGUGCCGACUCGUCCCCCGAACCCAUGUGCCGACUCGUCCCCCGAACCCGUGCGCCAACACAUCUCCCCUGAACCCGUGUGCCGACUCGUCCUCCGGAACCCGUGUGCCGACUCCUCCCCCCAAACCCGUGCGCCAACACAUCUCCCCUGAACCCGUGUGCCGACUUGUCCUCCGGAAACCGUGUGCCGACUCGUCUCCCGAACCCGUGUGCCGACUCGUCCCCCGAACCCGUGUGCCGACUGGUCCACCAAACCCGUGUGCCGACUCGUCUCCCGAACCCGUGUGCCGACUCGUCCCCCGAACCCUCGUCCCCCGAACCCUUGUGCCGACUCGUCUCCCGAACCCGUGUGCCGACUGGUCCCCCAAACCCGUGUGCCGACUCGUCCCCCGAACCCGUGUGCCGACUCGUCCCCCGAACCCGUUUGCCGACUCGUCUCCCGAACCCGAGUGCCGAGUCGUCUCCCGAACCCGUGUGCCGAGUCGUCCCCCGAACCCUUGUGCCGACUCGUCCCCCGAACCCGUGUGCCGACUCAUCCCCCGAACCCGUUUGCCGACUCGUCUCCCGAACCCGAGUGCCGACUCGUCCCCCCGAACCCGUGUGCCGACUCGUCCCCCGAACCCGUUUGCCGACUGGUCCCCCAAACCCGUGUGCCGACUCGUCCCCCGAACCCGUGUGCCGACUCGUCCCCCGAACCCGUUUGCCGACUCGUCUCCCGAACCCGAGUGCCGACUCGUCCCCCCGAACCCGUGUGCCGACUCGUCUCCCCGAACCCGUGUGCCUACUCAUCCCCCCAAACCCGUGUGCCGACUCGUCCCCCCGAACCUGUGUGCCGACUCGUCUCCCGAACCCGAGUGCCGACUCGUCCUCCGGAACCCGUGUGCCGACUCGUCUCCCCGAACCCGUGUGCCAACUCGUCUCCCAAACCCGUGUGCCGACUCGUCUCGCCGAACACCAGAGAAGGCAAUCUGUCUGGCUUUGUAUGGCAACUGCUUAGCCCAUGACUGCAAGGAUACAGCUCAAUACAUCAUGGAAGCCAGCUUCUUCUAUGGACUCUUUCUGCAAGCAAUAAUCAAAGAGCACACCAUCCUGGACAUUCUCCUCUCCUCUCCAAACGGGCAGAAAAUAUGA